AUGGCUAAACGAAAAGGAGUCCGGAUAUAUAGGGGAACCUCAGGCUGUGUGAUUGCCAGCCGCAUUGCCGACGCCGAUCCUACCAUGAAAAUCCUUGUGGUUGAGGCUGGUCCGCCUGUUCGCGAUGAUAUGGCUCACAUAGUUCCCGCGCGGUACCUCUCACACUUAUUGCCCACGAGCAAUACCCUCAAGAUACACGUCGGCAAGAAGAGUGAAGUACUCGGACGCGCUCCCGUCGUUUCCCAUGCGCAGUGCUUGGGCGGAGCAUCAAGCAUCAACUUCAUGAUGUACACCCGCGCCUCGGCCUCCGACUACGACACUUGGUCACGUGUAUACAAGAACCCUGGCUGGGCAUCUGCCGACUUGCUGCCACUGCUUAAGAAGUAUGAGACUUAUCAAUGUCAAGAGGGCUUGGAGACGCACGGUUACAAUGGGCCUCUGAAUGUCUCGUACGGCGGAAUCCAGACCGAGAUUGGCAUGCAAUUUCUGGAAGUCGCAUCGGGACUGCUGAAGCGUCCUGUCGUGGACGACUUCAACGACCUGAGGCAGGCAAAUGCGGUCUCACGAUAUCACGCUGAUACGCGAUACAGAGAUGGCCGAAGCAGACGCCAAGAUGUACCUCACAACUAUCUAUACGACAAGGAUAGAACAACCGGCCUCGAUAUAUUAACGGGCUUUGUCGUCAAACGUGUUCUCGUGGAGUGCGAGACGCAAACACCUCGCAUAGCGAAGGCGAGGCGCCUAGUUGUCUUGUCGGCGGGCACCUUCGGCUCGCCUGUGAUCUUGGAGCGAUCGGGUAUAGGUGGCGCAGAACGGCUCGAAAAGCUCGGUGUCGAUAUGGUUGCUGAUCUUCCGGGAGUGGGCGAGAACUAUCAAGAUCACCCCGUGGUUUUCACGCAGUACUUCGCUGGAGACGAAGCAGAUACUCUGGACGGCCUCAUGCAGGGGAAACUUGAUGAGUUACAUAGAUGGACAGAACAAUGGGCCAAGGAUGGAACGGGUAUGCUUGCUUCAAACGGGAUUGAAGCUGGCAGCCAGUUGCGACUGACUCCCGAGGAGCUGAAGACUUUGGGUCCGGAAGUCCAGCAGCGAUGGGCUCAUGACUUCGCUGAUGUCUCUGACAAGUCGAUCAUGUGUAUCGCUUGUGCUGCUGCAUUCCUCGGAAAUCCUGUAGGGAUGUCCCCUCGGAAAUAUAUUACGAUUGGUUACACCGUAUGGUACUCACGUGCAGUGGGCUACCUGCAUGCGACUUCUGCAGACGAUGUCAAUUCUCCCCUUGAUUUUGAUCCGCAGACGAUUAGCGGGCCCGAAGACCUAGCGUUGCAAAGAUGGGCAUACAAGCAGUCCCGUGAUAUCGGGCGUCGCAUGCCUCUAUAUCGCGGAGAGCACAAGGGCGGGCAUCCCGCGUUUGCUCCCGACAGUCCAGCGGUCGUUCAAGUGGAGGGACAGCCCAUUAAGCUGAGCGAUCCCGUCCUGCAAUACAGCGCAGCAGACGACAUGGCUAUCGACGCCUUCCAUAAAGAGGUUGUUGCGACGAUGUGGCACUCGCUCGGAACAUGCGCCAUGAAGCCGCGAGAGCAAGGCGGGGUGGUUGACUCCGCCUUGAACGUGUACGGAGUGAAAGGCUUAAAAGUGGCUGAUAUGUCUAUUGCGCCUUCCAAUGUUGGUUCGAACACGUACUCCAGUGCGGUGCUUAUAGGAGAAAAGGCUGCCACUAUCAUUGCCAGCGAACUUGAAAUUAAGAUCUGA